AUGGCGGACUGGGCUUCGUCUCGGGGGGCGGGGGCGGCCGAUGCCAGCAGCAGCCCCGUGAAUGGGAUGGGCACUCGCGGGGGGGAGAGCCUUGAGCGCGAGGCGCUGCAGUCGCCCAGCUCGUCUGUCUCGUCCGCCCCCCCCUCUUGCGCGCGGUCUUCUUCUGGCUGCUCCACCCCUGCGGCCUCCGUCUCGCCGCUCUCCGCCCGCCCGGCUGACACACACGAGGGGGGCCUGAGGGGCGGAGACGGGGAGCGGAAGCCGAGCCGAGGGGAGAGAGUGAAGGGGAGCGCCACCUCUGUCUCAACAGAGACCGUGUCCACGGGUUCUUCCUACGCGUCGUGUGUGUCGUCGUCGUCGCCCUCGCCGGGGGGUUCAGAUCCUUCCUCGCCCACGUCGCCCUCUCCUCAGCCGUCGUCUGCCUCCGCGGGGACACGCCCGCCCUCUCCUUCUUCCGGGGGCGGAGGAGGAGAGUCGGCGGCGGGGGCCGCCGCCGCCCACGUCCAGCCUGCGAAGCGGCGGAGCUCCCUGUCGCCCUCCUGUGAGGGGGUCGCGUCCUUUCUGUCUGUCUUCUUCGCUCCGUGCCCGUCUUCGCGGCAGGCCCUGAGUCUACUCCUCCAGCUUCUUUCACUCCGCGAAAUCGUGACAGGUCUUCUGCCCGCUUCGCCGCUCCUCCUAGCGCCAGUCGCAGAAGUCUUCCGCUCGCUUCACCGCCGCGCGCCGCCGCGCCGGGUCCGACCCGCCCUUUUUGACUGGAGCGCCCACCUGAGGAAGUCGCAUGCGGAGGCGACGAGCAUGCGUGCCUCCUCGUCGCCUGCCUCUCCCCCGCCGUCAGAGACUCCCACAGUGGUCUUUUGUACUCCCCGGAGUGCAGGCCUUCUUCCUCUAUCUCGGCUCACGUUGUCUCCCCAGCAUCUCUCGCUGCUGCCUCGCGACUCGCUGCUCAACCUGCUGGCGCCUCCGGCGGGCGACCGGGGCGAGUGCAUCUCACUCGUUCUGGGUCGCGGGAAACGAAGAAAAAUACAGCCGUUCGGGCACGAAGGCAGCCACGCGCAGCGAGGCGCAUGCGCCUGCUCAGCCUCUGGGCGCGACCGACAGCGCACACGCGUCUCCUCCACAAGGUGCGCGUGUCCCGUGGGGUCGGCAGAUGCGCUUGCGGCGGAGGCGAGCCUCUGGGAGAUCGACUUUUCCUGCUUCUCUGUGAGGCACUGGAAGCGGCUGGGGGAGGAGGGCGACGAUGCAGCGGCCGUCUCUGGCGGUCUCCUCUCGCCGCAGCAGGACCCCGAGGGCGGAGACAGGCACAGAGGCGCACAGAAACCGGCGGCGGCGGGCUAUUCGUGUGCCUCAGGAGACGCGGCGCGCAGCGGCGGCGGCGAGCCGAGGCCGUGCGAAGGCCUGCAGGCGUCGCGCGGGGGCGACCUAGACGGCGAAGGAGAGGAGACAGGUCGAGGGUCCCCGUCGGGGGCUCGGCGUAGCCUUGCAGAGGACGCGAAAAAGAAGCGCGCGGAGGGAGGGCGCGACGAGGCUGGUUUUCUGUCUCGUUUUGCGGCGACUGGGAAACUCCGUGGGCUGCGGAUUUCGUCCUCCGAAGUGAACAUGCACGCCGUGAAGGUGCUGCGCGAGGCCAUCACGCGGGAGGGGAGUCAGCGUGGCAGAGAAGGCAGUCCGCAGAGAGGCUCUCCAGGGUUCAUCGCUUCGGCUUCGCCUUCGACGUGCUCGCCAGCGGCCUCUGUUGCGGCGCCGUCGCGCGCGGCGUCCACGUCUCGCGGGAUUGCGGCAUUUUCGCUGCAUCACUGCGGAGUGAGUAUGGGGGGUUUCCACGCCCUGUGCGUGUCGGUGUUGCCACUUUUCGGCGCGAGUUUGCGCGAACUUUCUGUGGUCAACUGCCGGCUGGCGGCUGCGGACAUGUCUGCGCUUUCGCUAGCUCUCGUGCGCCUCCCCAGCGUGGAGGUCCUCGACCUCGCCGACAACCUGCUGCGAGACGAAGGCGCGAUCACGCUCCUUCUGGCGCUCAUCUCAUCGCACCGCUUGUUUUCAUUCGAGAAUGAAAGAGCGCGAAGCGCAGAGCCUGCAGCGCGCGAAGACGCGGCCGACGAGGCUGAGGCAUCUUCCGCGGCGCGGGACGGGGGCGAGGCGCGUCGGCAGUCUCGAGCUGCUGCGGCUCCUCUGAGCGAGGAGGCGCUUCCUGUGCAAGCUGCCGCCGCCUCGCCGGGCUCCGCGGCGGGCUGUGAGCUUUUUCCGGGGGGACGUUUUUCCCAGGUCUCGUCGCCGUCGCCGCCGGCGCCGGCAGGUCUGCGGUCGCUGAAUUUGAGCGGCAACGAGAUCGAGGGCGAGCGGCUCUUCCGCGUGCUGCUCAAGGCGUACGUGGGCGCAUGCGCCGCCGACUUGGAAGUCCUCGAUCUCGCCAACAACCGGCUUGACGGCGACGUCGUCCUUUGUCUGCGAGACGCCAUGGCGCAGCGAAAGCGCGGGCGACAGCUCUUCCAGGCGCAGCAGCAGCAGACGCGCGACGUCCAAGCCGCCACACAGGUCGAGGCCCUCGUCGCCGAGAGAGACUCAACGAAAGAUCUCGACGGCGGCGACUUUCCCCCGCCCGAGCCACGAGGCCGCGCGGCACGCGAGGCGGAGAACGGCGAAGGGGCCUGCGGGGGUCUGGCGAGGAGUUUCCCGGUGAAGUGCCGCGAGUCGGCGAGCGAGCGGGAAGCGGACGCGUGGGCUGGGGCGGUUGUCGACUUGCGAGAGAACUUUUGCGGCUGCGAGCGGAGCAGCAGCGGGGAAGCGCUCGGCUCCCACGCGCGGAAACCCGUCGGGUGUCUCGGCGUCGUGGACAACACGCUCCUCUCCUGCGGCGAGCGGCGGAGACCCUCCAAGCGCCUCCACGGGAAGCAGACGGGGGGCGAGUCCGCCGCGCCGAGCCCGCCAGCGGACGAGAGCGACGCGGCAACAGCAAGAGGCGUGCCCCGGGAGGUAAGCGACCAUGGAGGCGGGAAUCAGAGAGCAGAGCGAGCCCAGCCGGGCGCGGAGACCCAGGCCCUACCGCCUGCGGUGUGGCGCUGCGGAUUUCUUAUCGACGUCUGUGACUGCCGGCUGCGGGAGAAAGCGCGCCAAGAGGAGGCUGCGCGGCGCUGCCCAUGGGUCGGUCGCCGCAGAGAGAAGUCGCUCAAGGAGUACUUUGCGGCCUGGGGGACUGUUCAGAGGGAGCAGUUCCGCGCGCUGCUCGCCGCCGACGCGGUCUUCACCUCGGCGGUGAUUGAGGAGUGCGCCGAAGACGACGAGGCCUGCGACCCGUGCGCGGGAGCCGCGCCGCAGGAGUCUGCCUCUCCCGAACCCGAGACCGGCGCGGAGGAGAAGGAGCUGGUCGCGCAGGGCGAACUGCAACUGUUGGAAUAUGGCGAAGCGCCGCUGCGACGAGGCGACCGCGAGGGCCCUCUCGCGGUCGGGGGGGAGGCAGAAGAAGAAAAACGUCGCGCUCGGAGUGAGGAGGGGGGGAGGCCUCUCUCUGCGGAGCUGACCCGCUGUGCCGCGGGCCUCCCGCGCCCUCCGGCUGAAGCGCCCGCAGAAGGCGGAGAGGAAGCGGCGGUGUGCCUCGUGCCUGACUACGCGUCUGACGGGCUUGCAGCGAGUUCUGACGCCAGCGAGGACGCCGAAGGAGGCGAGAGAAGCCGCUAUGCAGGUCCUCGCCCCGCGUCGCGCCCGUCUUCCCCGUGUCUUGCGCCUCCUUCUCCGUUUUCGGCCUUUUCGUCCGCGUCGCGCGUCCCUCUCGUCGCUGCGCGGAGCGUGUCGUGGUCGCGCGAAGACGCGGCGAGGAGUCAGGACCUCCACGGAAAACAUGCCGAGGCUGGCAGCGACGCAGAUGCGGCGGACGAGGCGGGCGCGGGGGGGGUCGCGAUGGGGCGAUACGCUUCUUCUUCGUCAGUCUGCAGCGAACAGAGAGCUGGAGAGCGCUCGAGCUGGACGACGCGCGGCGAAGGCGACGAGGAGGGAUACAGCAGCAGCGAGGCGAGCGACCCCGAGGGGGAGAGAGGCUACGAAGAAGACGAGGAGGAAGAAGAAGACGGCGACGAGAGGUGCUUCCUUUUCCGCGGACGCAACCAGGGACCCCCCGCCAGCGUCCUGCUGCGCAAAAAAUUCAAGCGCCUCCAGCGGCAACUGGCCAGGUCGGCGGGCGACGAGGACGACCCGCGACUCUCGCCGCGCACGCGGCUGCUGCGUCGGCUUAUAGACGGAGAAAGGCGGCGGGGCGCAGAGAGCACUGCAGAGGGCGUCGCGGAGAGCAGCGACUGCGCGGAGACCGACGGCGGAAGCGACGAGGACGAUACGGCGCGAGUCGCUGCGCGAGGGGGGAUGAAGCGAAGGCACGGAAGGCACGCGGAAGCGGAGAGCGAGUCAGAGGCCACCGAGCUGCGCGGAAAAUCGGUGAAGCGACGCGACUGUGGAGGCGACGCCGCGACAGACAGCGAGGGCGAGCGGCUGCUGCGCGGCCAUUCAAAGGCGGGGAGAGCAGAAGAGGAAAAAGGAGAUGACGCAGACGCGGCAACGCGCAGGCCGCUGACGCUGGCCUCUGGCGAUGCAGCGGACGAGCUGGCGCCCAUGGGAGCGCGCAAGCGCCAGAAGAAGGCAACCGACGACGACGCAGGAUACGAGGCGGAACACUGCCGCGAGGCGCCGAGAGAGGCGAGCGGCACCAGAAGGGGCCCAGCUGCAGCGGGCGCCCCAAGCACCCGGGGGGUCGCGUCGAGGAGCGUGGCGGAGGAAGAAGAUGAAGACGAGUCGUACAAGGAAGACGAAGAAGACACCGAUGAGGACGAGAGCAGUGAAAGCAGCGAACGCAGCGACGGAGAGGAGGAUGAAGCUGUGGACGCCGAAGAGUUGGCAGAGCUGCUCAUGGAGGCCACGGCAGCCGCCCAAGAGGCGACUUCGAGCGCUUCAACACGAGGAACGAGGGGGAGAGACGACGGGGGCCGGCGGGACCGGCGACGCUGA